AUGUCCGGCGCAAGGCAUUGGGAACAGGACAAAGAGGCUACCGUUUACAUAGGGAACCUCGAUGAACGGAUCACAGAUAGCCUGGUAUGGGAGUUGAUGCUGCAGGCGGGACGGAUCGUUAACGUUCAUCUACCGAAAGAUCGAGUCACCCAGUCGCACCAGGGAUAUGGUUUUGUAGAGUUCAUAAGCGAGGAGGAUGCCGAAUAUGCGUCACGGAUAAUGAAUGGCAUUCGUCUCUAUGGAAAACCAAUACGCGUGAAUAAAGCAUCAGCUGAUAAACAAAAAUCGGUGGAGAUCGGCGCAGAGCUCUUUGUUGGGAACCUUGAUCCCAUGGUCACUGAGCAGGUCUUAUAUGAUACGUUCAGUCGUUUUGGGAAUUUGAUUGCACGAGACGACAAUAAUCUCUCCAAGGGCUAUGGGUUUGUAUCCUUCGGUGACUUCGAGUCUUCGGACGCUGCUAUAGCCAAUAUGAGUGGUCAGUACCUUAUGAAUAAACAAGUUUCUGUACAAUACGCCUACAAGAAAGAUGGAAAGGGAGAGCGGCACGGCGACCAGGCAGAGCGAAUGUUGGCUGCGCAAGCUCGCAAGCACAAUGUCCGUCCGCCGACGCAAUCGAUACCACCACAGUUUUCGGGCCCAGGGACUCCCAUCGCAGUGACAAUGGCCAAUAGUGAUAGCUCUAGACCCUUGAGUACUGGUCCAUCCGAUAUAGGCAUGGGAAGAAGCGUGGUUUCGAAUGUUGGAUUCCAGAACAUGCCUCCUCCACAACCCAACCGACCCGUCCCUCUUCCGACUUCUUUGACAAACCCACCGCCAGGUUUACCAGCGCGGCCUCCACCUUCUCAGGCUGGUUAUGGAGGCCCGCAGGCUUUCCUACCACCUGGCUUUAAUACUGCCAGCCAGCAACCAGCUUUUAACCCUCAAGCAUCGCCACCACCAGGUUUCGCCCCUCCCGGAUAUGCUACUCCAGGGGGCGCUCCAGGAGCCCCGCCACCAUUGCCUCCGGGAUUCCAGCAGGCUAAUUUUGGUCGGGGCCGCUGA